AUGGCUCAUAUAACUGCAUAUUUUGCAGCCCGAGAUUACACAAAACCUGCGAUUGAUCUUCGUAUUGCUGAAUUAUUAAAACGAAGAGUUGGUCUAGAUUCUCUACCCACAGAAUCUCUAAAAGAGCGUCUUGCAAAAUUUAAAGAACAGCGACAAGCUAGACAAUUAUUGUUAAAAGCAACACACCGGCAACUCCUGGAAGUGGUAGCUUUUAUUCUGAAUGUAGAUUCUGACAUUUUAGAGGAAGGGAUUAUUGACAAAGAUGAAUACAUUAAUACUUUUGACAGUUUUCUUGCAAAAGAUGGAAAACGUGCAAUCCUUAUACAUUUCCAGCCUAUGAAACCACCACCAUAUGAAUCAGGAAGGUGGAGUUCACAUUAUGAAGACACUGAUAAAACAAUACGUUGCUGUGUCACUGAUGGUUCCACCGAGGUGUUUUCUGGCAAAUGUGUUAUAGUUUACAGAUUAAAAUCAGAUGUUGAGUUUGAGACUAAGCAGAUUCUUGAUGACACAUAUUAUGCAUAUGCUGAGGUGGAGCCUAUAUCUCAGAGUGCACUAGCAGCUAUAUCAGAGUUAAUUUUGAGAGUAAAUUUGCCAGCAAUAACUGCCAACACACUAUGGGGCGAAUUAUCAAAAAAUGAAGCUGGUGAUAAAGUGAAGAAUAAUUUUAUCUGUGAUUUUAGAGAUUUCUGUGAAUUUUUAAGCAGUAAGAUAUCCAAAUUGAUAGCUAUAAAAUAUCAUAUUUAA